AUGCCUUGUUUGUGUGUAUUUGUUAUAUCUAAUCCGUAAAAAGUAUAAAUAAAUAAACCGAUAUUAAAAUGAACUGAAUCCAGUGUAGCGGUCUCGUUCCUGUCUUCGGCUCCGCCCCUUCCGCCGCUCUGGAGCUGAUUAUGACAGAAGCUUCUCCCUCAUUCCUCCAACAAACGGUGAACCAUGGCGCAGGACGGUGUUAUUCUGCAGUUCAGCUUCGCUACAUUUGGGGACUCCAUGCUACAGAAGAUGGAUGCUCUCCGAAGAGACAGGCGCUUCUGUGAUGUAAUCGUCCGCAUCAACGACUUGGAGAUUCCUGGUCACAAAGUCGUGUUUGCCGCUGGCUCUCCGUUUCUCAGAGACCAGUUUUUCCUUCAGGACUCGCAUGAAGUGGAGAUAUCCACGCUGCAGGAUGCAGAAGUUGGAAGGAGACUCCUUCUUUCCUGCUAUACAGGGACACUUGAGUUCCCUGAGCUGGAACUCGUGCAUUAUCUAACAGUCGCCAGUUUCCUACAGAUGGGUCAUAUCGUUGAGCAAUGCACACAAGCCUUGAAUAAAUUCAUUAAGCCUCACAAGGUUGAUGGUACCCAUCACUCUCAUCAGCCUACCAACGUAAACACACACCAGCAAGACCCACCACUUAUUGAGACGGUGUACGAUGAUGAAGAUGGAGACAACGAGAUUGAAGAUGACAACGAUGAUGACGUGAUUAUUGAACCGAGGUCUCCUCCUAUGUUUAGGAAUUCUCAAAGGAAGGGUCAAGGAGAGGAAAGCCCCAUUAAUAUCAUAAAGGUGGAGUCGGUUGAAGAUCGGAUGCAGGAGAUGUCUGAAAGCUACCAGAGUCGACCCUCUCGUUCCCCCACAUUACGCUCCCCAGAGCCACAGCAUUCCCUCAUUAACUCGACCGUGGAGACGCGCUCUGCUGAGAUGGCUGCAAACCCUGGGCUCGAGUAUCCGCUCUCGUCUCCUGGCCCCAGCGGCUCAGGGAAGGAGAACGUUUGGAGCUGCUCAAGAAGUUCCGACAAAAGCCUUCAGUGGUACCACCAGUGUCCGAAAUGCACCCGCGUCUUCCGGCAGUUGGAGAAUUAUGCCAACCACCUGAAGAUGCACAAGCUUUUCAUGUGCCUUCUCUGUGGUAAGACUUUUACGCAGAAGGGAAACCUGCACCGCCACAUGCGCGUGCAUGCCGGCAUCAAGCCAUUCCAGUGCAAGAUCUGUGGAAAGACUUUCACGCAAAAGUGCUCACUUCUGGACCACCUGAACCUGCACAGCGGGGACAAACCGCAUCGCUGCAACUACUGCGACAUGGUCUUCGCACAUAAACCUGUCCUCCGCAAACAUCUGAAGCAGAUCCAUGGCAAGAAUAGUUUUGACAAUGCCAAUGAAGGUAGCAUGCUUGAAGGGUUUUAGGUCUGUAAUGACUUUGUAUGGCCUAAAGACUUCAAAGGACCACCGACCUGAAAACCAACUUGUACAUAUAUCACAGGCCAGUGGUUCUCAAUUGUGGUCCUGGAGUACCACCGUCCUGCGCAUUUUAGAGUUUCCCUGGCUUCCAGCACUCCUGAUAACUAAUGAACAAGCCUUCCUGAGGCAAACUGAGGGUGGUAGAGCAGGAAAAUUACUACAACAUGCAGGACAGUGCAAGAUUGAGAACCACUGUCAUAGGCCCUAUAUGCAUACUAAUGGUCAAUAUUUACCAUCAUUUGAAUUACAUUAGGCUGUAUUGUUGUCUGGUUGAUAAUUGUACUGUAUUCAAAGGCUGCUGUGUUUUUAGUCUCGUUAAUGAAUGAAUUUCUCUCAUAAGUACUAUUUGGAUGGGUUUAAUUUUAUAUUGGGAGGUGCGGCAUCUCUGUGAUUUUUAGAUUUUUAAAUUUUCUGUGUUAUGUCCGAAUUCCUCAUAUCAGUAACUUUUUACAGACCGUGAAGACUUUAACUUCUAUUAGGCAGCUUUCAACUCUUAUUAAAUUAACAGAACCUUUUAUUUUUAGAGUUUUAUCAGUACAAUGCAAAUUGGUAUGUUGGUAAAUAUUAUGAUAAAAAAGGUUAAUUUUUUCUGUAUAGAGGCACUCAAGGUAAUAUUUACUUGUAUCCUGCAGCCCAAAAUCAAGCUGAUUAAUAUUAGCCUAAAGUGUAUAUCACCAAACAUUAGAAGCUGUAAUAUGACAUUAAAAAUAACCUCCUGUAAUUUGAUUUUAUAUGGUUAAGUUGAUGGUUGUCUGUAAACUUCAUAACUCAAGCCAAUUGUAAUGAUGUACUGCAUUCUCUAAAGGCAGCUAGCAAGGUAGGUAAAUUAAGAAAAAUGAUGAUACACGUUCAGAGAUUGCUUUUCCCCCCCUAUGUGACACAUGUCCUGUGGUAACAUUGCUUCAGAAAACGUUUCCUGUCCACAUAGUACUUUAGAACAGAGAGAAACAUCAACUGACCUAGCUUUAAAAGAUUUCCUUUUGUCAAAAUACGCAUGAAAGCCUGAAUCAUCACUAGUGUAACAUUCUCCUAGUCAUCUGUUAAAUUCAAGCAUUGUUCUUUAACUCCACCAGUGAGGUAGCUUGUAAAGUUGUGAUACAUUUAUGAAUUGUAAUGAAUUUAUUAUUUAAAAAAUAUCCAAGUGAAUUUUAUUUUAUUAUAUCCAUUUGCACUAA